GUUCCCAGCAGCGGAGGGUUUCAGAUGUCCCACCGCCGUUUGACCCCCUCCCCCCUCUUCUCCACCCCUGCAAAUGAGGUUUGACCAGCAGAGGCAAAGCCCACCUCUGGCUUAGAAUCACUGACAUUUAGACUCCAGGCUUCAACCUGUUUACAAGCGGGCUUUCCAAAGGAAGGGAGUGGGGGAGGGAAAUAGGGCCAAACAAAACACCAACCGCCAUCCCCCCUAAACAAGAAGUGACUUUCUGGAGGCUUCAAAUCAACAGGCACCACCAAAAAGAGAAAGCAAGAGGGGGAAGAAAACAACGCGACUGGGCAGCUGCUUCCAGUUCUGACAACUCCAAAGGGACGCACUUCUAGAACUGGCUAGCAAACUGGGGCUCUGCGGAGGAGAACCAGAAGACCUUUUUUUGCAUCUAACGUGGUGAAGAAGAGAACAAAGUAACUCCUGGGAAAGUGAAGAUCGAGCGUAACCCACAACGCCACCGCCACCACCAGCUCCUGCGGCCACCCACGUCCACAUUCACCCGGAGACCGAGGGGCGCGCGCCAGCGGAUCCGAGAAAGGAGCGAGGAGAGGCAGCCGGCCCUUCCGAGGAGUUAUGGAUGUUGGUGCUUUCACUUCUGGCCAGAUCCGAGCCCAGAGGGAGCUAGCCAGCGGCCGCCACCUCCAGCUGUCUCCUCGCCUCGCACCAGGUCUUACCCUUCCAGUAUGUUCCUUCUGAUGAGACAAUUUCCAGUGCCGAGAGUUUCAGUACAAUGUGGAAAUGGAUACUGACACAUUGUGCCUCAGCCUUUCCCCACCUGCCCGGCUGCUGCUGCUGCUUCUUGUUGCUGUUCUUGGUGUCUUCCGUCCCUGUCACCUGCCAAGCCCUUGGUCAGGACAUGGUGUCACCAGAGGCGACCAACUCCUCUUCCUCCUCCUCCUCGUCCUUCUCCUCUCCUUCCAGUGCUGGGAGGCAUGUGCGGAGCUACAAUCACCUUCAAGGAGAUGUCCGCUGGAGAAAGCUGUUCUCUUUCACGAAGUACUUUCUCAAGAUUGAGAACGGGAAGGUCAGCGGUACCAAGAAGGAGAACUGCCCGUACAGUAUCCUGGAGAUAACUUCUGUGGAAAUUGGAGUUGUUGCCGUCAAAGCCAUUAACAGCAACUACUAUUUAGCAAUGAACAAGAAGGGGAAACUCUAUGGCUCAAAAGAAUUUAACAAUGACUGUAAGUUGAAGGAGAGGAUAGAGGAAAACGGAUACAAUACCUAUGCAUCCUUUAACUGGCAGCACAAUGGGAGGCAGAUGUAUGUGGCAUUGAACGGAAAAGGAGCUCCCAGGAGAGGACAGAAAACACGAAGGAAAAACACCUCAGCUCAUUUUCUUCCAAUGGUGGUACACUCAUAAAGGAAGGCAUGUUUGUGGAUGCAGUAUAACCAAAGGCUCUUUUGCCAGGAAUAUUUGGUGUUCUUCUGAAGACAGUAGUCCAAAAGGCAAAGACACAUGGCAGAUGCCUGCUUGCUUGAAAGAAAGGAAGCUUUUGAAGGUUUUUGUACUCACUGCUGACAUAGGAUGUUCUCUUAAUUAGUUCUGUGUCCUGCCUUGUAAUCAAGAUUAUAGGCAGAUCAAAUUGGAUGGAAGUUAUUCCUAAGUGAACAAUACUGUGGCUGAGUUUUUGGGUUAAGUUUUUGUUUAUGUUUUUGUUUUUAAUCUCUGAGAUAGGAAUUUAAAGGACACAGAACAAUCUGUUGAAUGAUCUUCGGGAAAGUUAUUUAUGGAAUACGAACUCAUAUCAAAGACUUUCAUUGCUCAUUCCAGCCUAAUGAAUCAAUGAGCAGUAAGACACGCAAGCAUUUACUGGAAAGCACUUGGAUCAUAUCAUAUGCACAACCAAAGGAGCUUUGGGCGUGGCAUCAUGGAAGAAUUGGAUAGGAUUAAAAAAUAUAAACACAGUAGUGUAAAACUGUUCUAACAAAACAAAUAGUAUGGUAUGCUUGUGCAUUCUGCCUUCAUCCCUUUCUAUUUCUUUCUAAGUUAUUUAUUUAAUAGGAUGUUAAAUAUCUUUUGGGGUUUUAAAGAGUAUCCUCAGCAGCUGCCCUCUGAUUUACCUUUCCUUUUUCUUCAGCACACCACAUGCAUGUUCAUGACAAAGUGUUUUUAAAACUUGGCAAAACACUUCAAGAAUAGGAGAUGAGAUCUGGGGAAAAAG